GGUAUGUGCACCCCCCAUUCCUCUUGCUUUGGCGUCCGCCCUUCCUGUCUGUAUUAAUUGUACUUACCCAAGAGUUUAUCGAUGGAGUCUUCAUCUUCAUCUGUUUCAGGGUUUGCUCCUCCUGGUGAGGGUGGAAUCUGGGUGCCAAUAUCAAGACCAAUGGCUGAUGAAACGGUAAACGUGAACGAGUUUCAACAACUGGCGAAGAAGAUCCUUCCGAAAAUGCAUUACGAUUUCUACGCUGGAGGAUCUGAGGAUCAACACACGCUCAAGGAGAAUAUCGAAGCUUUCCAUAGAAUCACGUUGCGGCCGAGGGUUCUAACUGAUGUCAGCAGAAUCGAUAUGUCUGUAAGUAUAUUAGGUUACAGAAUCUCAGCUCCCGUCAUGAUUGCCCCGACGGCUAGACAUAAGCUGGCUCAUCCACAAGGAGAAAUCGCCACGGCAAGAGCUGCAGCUUCCUCUAAAACCAUCAUGAUCGUAUCUUACAUGUCUACUUGCACGGUCGAGGAGAUCGCUGCUAGCUGUAACGCUGUCCGGUUCCUUCAACUAUACGUGUUCAAGAAGCGAGAUAUAACUGCUCGGAUGGUGAAAAGAGCGGAAAAUUCCGGAUACAAAGCCAUUGUUCUGACCGUAGAUGUUCCUAGACUCGGACGAAGAGAGGCAGACAUAAAGAACAGGAUGAUUUCUCGGCAGCUGGAGAAUUUCAAAGGGUCGAUAUCAACGGAAGUAGGAUCUAAUAAAGGUUCUGGGAUCGAAGCUCUCACUAGUAACCUGUUCGAUGCAUCCGUAAGUUGGAAGGACAUAGAAUGGUUAAGAUCUGUCACAAAGCUGCCUAUACUGAUCAAAGGCAUACUAACCAGUGACGAUGCGGUAAAGGCGGUUGAAGCCAGAGUGGAUGGAAUUAUAGUGUCAAAUCAUGGAGGACGACAACUCGACUACACUCCCGCCACCAUAACCGUUCUGGAAGAGGUCGUUCACGCUGUUAAAGGGAAGAUUCCGAUUUUGGUUGAUGGAGGAAUAAGACGAGGAACCGACGUUUUCAAAGCAUUAGCCUUUGGAGCACAAGCUGUACUCAUCGGGAGACCUGUAAUCUUCGGACUGGCGGCUAAGGGAGAAGACGGAGCAAAACAAGUGAUUGAGAUGUUGAAGAAUGAGCUUGAGACUACAAUGGCACUCUCUGGCUGUCCCACCAUUAAGGACAUAACCAGAAGCCAUGUCAGGACCGAGCACGAGACACUUCUUCAGUCCAUGCUCUAAUUCAACAUAUGCUUCAAUUCAGAAAAUAAAAAACAAUUUUCAUAUUAAAUCACGUGCUUAGAAAUCAUUCAUAAGACAUGUUUUA